GGUGGUGCAGACUCGGCUGCCGCAGCCUCAGCUGUCUGGGCUCCUCCCUGUUUUCCCUCUUGGUGGCGGCUGCAGUAGCGGUGGCUAGCGUUCGCAGAGCCGCGGCUUCGCCCCCCGACCCCCGCUCCCGCCACCCGGCUGCCCCGGCAGCUCCCUGCAGGUUGCCAUGGGCAAAGAAUUCAUCACCCAAUGGACAGCCUGCUGGUGAUGAGCCUCUCUGAGGAAGACUAGAGCACAGGAAGGUGAAGUCAUUUUUCUCAGAGCCUUGCAGCAAGUUAGAGUCAAAGAAUGUCAUUCCACUCUGGACGAGGCAAUUCCCGAGGACGAGGAGGAUCUGGUGGAAGAGCUUCGACUCAAACCUUCAGGCCUCAGAAUUUGAGACAGCUUCAUCCUCAGCAGCCUACUGGGCAAUACCAGUAUGAACAACCAGUUGCUCCCCCAGCCACUUUCACAAGUCCUCCAACUACAAGCUACUUGCCACCCAGGCCAGAUUUUGUGCCCUACCCCCCACCUGUGCCUCCAACAGCACAGACUCCUGUUACCCAGUGUCCUCUCAGGCCACCUCUCCCCAACCAUCAAGUAAGACCAACUUUUCCAGUACCACCUUGCUUUCCCCCUGUUCCUCCUCCUGUACCUGCUCCUACUAACACUUCAGUACCUGGAACACCUGCUACACAAACUACCUUUCCCUAUAUGAUGCCACCUCCUUCCCUGCCACCACCACCCCCAGUAAUACCACCACAAGUUAAUUAUCCAUCAGUGUAUCCCACAACCUAUUCACAGCAAUCUUUCCCACCUCCUAAUUUUAGUAGUUACCAGAAUAACUCUAGUUCUUUUCAGACCAGCAGUAAUAAUAACAGCAGUAGCCAUUUUAGGCACCCAACUCAGUAUCAGGUAGAAAAGCCUUCGAGUGAAAGGAGGUCCCCAGAAAGGAGUAAGCACUAUGAUGACCACCGGCAUCGAGAACAUAGUCAUGGACAUGGCGACCGACACCGGUCAGAUAGUCAUGGAGAUCGGCGGGACAGAACUCGAAGUCCAGACAGGAGGAGACAAGAAAGUAGCCGACAUAGAUCAGAUUACGACAGAGGGAGGACUCCCCCUCGUCACCGAAGUUAUGAGCAUAGCAGAGAGCGAGAACGGGACAGGGACAGGGACAGACACAGGCACCGAGAAAGCCGAAGAUCCCCAUCUCCAGACAGAUCCUACAAAAAAGAGUACAAGCGAACCAGCAGCCGAUCUCCAAGUAGAGAGAAGAAGAGAACUCGAUGGGAAGAUGACAGAGAUCGAUGGGUUGACAGUCAGAAUUCUGGCAAAGAAAAGAGCUAUACCUCAAUCAAGGACAAAGAGCCAGAGGAGAUCAUGCCUGACAAAAAUGAAGAAGAAGAAGAGGAUCUGCUUAAACCAGUCUGGAUUCGUUGUACUCAUUCAGAAAGCUACUAUUCUAAUGACCCCAUGGAUCAAGUGGGAGAUUCUACAGUUGUUGGGACGAGUAGGCUCCGAGACUUGUACGAAAAGUUUGAAGAAGAAUUAGGGAAGAGGCAAGCAAAAGCCAAAGCUGUGAGGCCCCCAUGGGAGCCACCGAAGACCAAACUAGAUGAAGAUUUAGAUAGCUCCAGCGAAUCUGACUGUGAUUCUGAUGAUGAUAGCAGCUGUUCCAGUAGCUCAGACUCUGAUGUUUUCGAUGUAAUUGCUGAAAUCAAACGCAAAAAAGCCCACCCUGAUCGACUUCAUGAAGAGCUCUGGUAUAAUGACCCUGGACAGAUGAAUGAUGGCCCUCUCUGUAAAUGCAGUGCAAAAGCGAGGCGCACAGGAAUCCGGCACAGCAUCUAUCCCGGUGAAGAGCCCAUCAAACCCUGUCGUCCUAUGACCAAUAAUGCUGGCAGACUCUACCACUAUCGAAUUACGGUUUCACCUCCUACAAACUUUUUGACUGAUAGACCAACUGUUAUAGAAUAUGAUGAUCAUGAAUAUAUUUUUGAAGGAUUUUCUAUGUUUGCACAUGCUCCUUUGACCAAUAUUCCUCUGUGUAAAGUAAUUAGAUUUAAUAUAGACUACACAAUUCAUUUCAUUGAAGAGAUGAUGCCUGAGAAUUUUUGUGUGAAAGGCCUUGAGCUCUUUUCCUUGUACCUGUUCAGAGACAUUUUGGAACUCUAUGAUUGGAAUCUUACAGGCCCUUCAUUUGAAAAUAAUAGUUCAUGCUGUCCAAGAUUUCAUUUCAUGCCACGUUUUGUAAGAUUUCUUCCAGAUGGAGGAAAGGAAGUGCUAUCAAUGCAUCAGAUUCUACUCUACUUGUUGAGAUGUAACAAAGCUUUGGUGCCUGAAGAAGAGAUUGCUAACAUGCUCCAGUGGGAAGAACUUGAAUGGCAGAAAUAUGCAGAGGAAUGUAAAGGAAUGAUUGUUAACAAUCCUGGCAUGAAACCUAGUUCAGUACGCAUUGAUCAGCUGGAUCGGGAACAGUUCAACCCUGAUGUGAUUACUUUUCCAAUUAUUGUCCACUUUGGGAUACGCCCUGCCCAGUUGAGUUAUGCAGGAGACCCUCAAAUCCCUAGCUUCUUUCAAGACUCAGCUCAAAUGCCACCUUCUGCAGGAGACUGUUCCCGGUCAUCACAGCUGCUAGAGCCUACCACUCUAAGGUAUCAGAAGCUAUGGAAAAGCUAUGUGAAGCUCCGCCACCUCUUGGCAAAUAGCCCCAAGGUCAAACAGGCUGACAAGCAAAAGCUGGCACAGAGAGAGGAAGCUCUGCAGAAAAUUCGACAGAAGAAUACAAUGAGGAGAGAGGUGACAGUGGAACUGAGUAGCCAAGGAUUCUGGAAAACUGGCAUCCGUUCUGAUGUUUGCCAGCACGCAAUGAUGCUUCCUGUUUUGACCCAUCAUAUCCGUUAUCACCAGUGCUUGAUGCAUCUUGACAAGUUGAUUGGAUAUACUUUCCAAGAUCGUUGUCUGCUACAGCUAGCAAUGACCCAUCCCAGCCAUCACCUAAACUUUGGAAUGAAUCCUGAUCAUGCUCGUAACUCUUUAUCCAACUGCGGCAUACGUCAACCCAAAUAUGGAGACAGAAAAGUCCAUCAUAUGCACAUGAGGAAAAAAGGAAUUAACACCUUAAUAAAUAUCAUGUCACGCCUUGGUCAAGAUGACCCUACUCCUUCCAGCCACAGACUGAACCCGAACUCCAGCAAGCCGUCUCACAAAUGUGUGCCCUUGAGUGCAAGGAAGAUCAGGAUUAACCACAAUGAACGUUUGGAAUUCCUGGGUGAUGCUGUUGUUGAAUUUUUAACUAGCGUCCACCUGUACUACCUGUUUCCUAGCCUAGAAGAAGGAGGAUUAGCAACCUAUCGCACUGCUAUUGUUCAGAACCAACAUCUUGCUAUGUUAGCAAAGAAACUUGAACUGGACCGAUUCAUGCUUUAUGCUCAUGGACCUGACCUCUGUAGAGAAUCAGACCUUCGCCAUGCUAUGGCAAAUUGUUUUGAGGCUUUAAUAGGAGCUGUUUACUUGGAGGGAAGCCUUGAAGAAGCUAAACAGUUAUUUGGGCGUUUGCUCUUUAAUGACAAGGACCUCCGGGAAGUAUGGCUUAAUUAUCCACUACACCCACUCCAACUACAGGAGCCAAAUACUGAUCGACAACUCAUUGAAACCUCUCCAGUACUACAGAAGCUUACAGAAUUCGAGGAAGCUAUUGGAGUCAUUUUUACUCAUGUUCGACUUCUGGCACGAGCAUUCACAUUGAGAACAGUGGGAUUUAAUCAUCUGACUCUAGGCCAUAAUCAGAGAAUGGAAUUCCUGGGUGACUCUAUAAUGCAGUUGGUCGCUACAGAGUACUUAUUCAUUCAUUUUCCUGAUCAUCAUGAAGGCCACUUAACGCUUUUACGCAGCUCUCUGGUGAAUAACAGAACACAAGCAAAAGUAGCAGAAGAGCUGGGCAUGCAGGAAUAUGCCAUCACCAAUGACAAGACCAAGAGACCUGUCGCUCUACGUACUAAGACCUUGGCUGAUCUUUUGGAAUCAUUUAUUGCUGCACUAUACAUUGAUAAGGAUUUGGAAUACGUUCACACUUUCAUGAAUGUGUGCUUCUUUCCAAGGCUAAAGGAGUUCAUUUUGAAUCAGGAUUGGAAUGAUCCUAAAUCUCAACUUCAGCAGUGCUGCCUGACCCUUAGAACAGAGGGAAAAGAGCCCGACAUUCCUCUCUAUAAGACUCUUCAAACAGUGGGGCCAUCUCAUGCAAGAACUUAUACUGUGGCUGUUUAUUUCAAAGGGGAAAGAAUAGGCUGUGGAAAAGGCCCAAGUAUUCAGCAAGCAGAAAUGGGAGCUGCAAUGGACGCCCUUGAAAAAUAUAACUUUCCCCAGAUGGCCCAUCAGAAGCGGUUCAUUGAGCGGAAAUACAGACAAGAGUUGAAAGAAAUGAGGUGGGAAAGAGAGCAUCAGGAGAAAGAGCCAGAUGAGACUGAUGAAGCGGUGACACCAUACAUACAAGUGAAACGUGAAGAAUUAAGUCCGUGAACCAAAUAUUUGAUCUACAGUAUGCCAGACAGCUGUACUUUUGAAAACAUCUGAUGGACAUGGAAGCCAAUUUUCUCUAAGCAGUUUGUCUUCUGUAGAAUGGAGACUGUAAUAAUAGGCUUAAAGGGGAGGGAAAAAAAAAUCUGUAUAUUUUAGUAUCAUUGGAAUGGACAUUUAAAUCACAGACCAUACAUUAUUUGAAAGUUCGGUAGGAAAAAAAGGUAUUAAGAACUAAGUUAAUAGUCGAAAAGUGAUUUUGAAAAUAAUGUUUUUAAGUUAACUUUAUUGGUAUCUAAUAAAGGGAAAAAUAUUUUAAGACUCCCCUAAAAAAAAUAUACUAUUCCUGGUUCCUGGUUCCCAAGUAAAAAUACCCAUUUUUCAUGAUUUGUCAGUUUCAAAAGUGCAAAAUUAUAACCCUUUAGAAAACAUAACAAACUUAUUUUUAGAACUUGGCCCUUAAUUCUGCAGAUUUGUCUUUAUACUUUUCAUAUUACAAAUUCUUCGGAGAAAAUACACAGCAAAGUGCCUUCUAUAUUGUGGGAGGGGGUGGAAGUGAUUUAUUUUUUUAAUGACAGUAUUGAAUAGAGUUCACUAUAGAAUGUUUGAGCUAGAAAGGACCUUAGAGAUCAUAUAGUCCAAUCUCUUUACUAUACAGACAGUGAAACAGACCCAGAGAAAUGAGUGGUGUGUGAUUACCCUUCAAGACCAAGAUGAGACAACUGAUCUGUAUUCAGUUGUUUGUAUCACACCAAAAAUUGAGUACAAGUACAGAAAUUGGAAUUAUCCUAUCCUUAGUCUUUAUGAUGUUAGAGUAUCAGAGAAUCAUAAGUUUAUCUAAUACUACCAGACUCUUGAAGUAUGCUUCUUUCCACCUUAACAAAUCGUGUGUAUUCCUGGAUUAUCGUCUACUUAAAUUCUAAUGUAAUGCCUCCUCGUUGACUGGAGGUGGUCCUGAGUUUUUAAUGGUUGUGCCAUCAGAGCACAGCAUCUGACAGGUUCUACCAAGUUGUAAAGGCUUCAAGUAUGAGCCUGACAGCAGAUUCCUAAUCUGGUGCUGAGGACCAGCUUAGUCAUGUUCAAGGAGGCUCAUCACCAGAAGGUUGACCUCCAGGUAAUGAAUAUUUCUUUUUUUGCCUUGUAGUAACUUAUGGGACCAUCCAUUAUAUUGUGGGACGGUUUUGAAAUUUGUCAGUGCAGUGAGCACUCACACUGAUAAAAUCCCUCAAAUUCUGUAUUAUAUGAGCAAGUAUUUGUAAGGGCUGCAGUGAAUGUCAGGAAUAUCUUGCCAAACACCUAGGGAACAGAGUAUAUGUGGGGCCGGAAAGGCUUUCACUGAGUCCCUAUGUAUCAUUGUGUCUUGAAAAUAAAACCAACCUUCUAUGUGUCAAGGAAUAAUUCUUAGUUCCAUGUAGAACCAUGUUUUCUCUAGUCGUUGUCAUUUUUCUUCCUUGUACUAUUUGUGACCUUUUUCAGCUUCUGUCUCUAUAUUAUAUGCUGCUGAAAUGUGAAGUAUAAAAGUUACAUAUCAGAAUCUUAAUGUCAAAAAAAUUUAACAUGAAAUGUUUCUGAUAAAUGUCAGAUAUAUGAGAAAUAAAAGGAAUUGGUGCACAUAUGCAAAGCUUUUCUGAAAGCCAUUCCCCAAUAACUGUGUGUUCAAAAGAUAUGAAUGUUUUCCAAAAGAAUAAAUAUCAGCUACCAGUAACCAUUUGAAAGAAUGCUUCAAGUUACGUACAGUGAAGAAGCAUAGAUUAAAAUAUUUCUGAAACUUCAUACCUCACCUCUUGACAAAUGAAAAUAGUAAUGCUAAAAGAAUUUUGUGGAGAAAAAGCACCCUAAAGUAAUGGUAGUGUAGCUGUGAAGUGGUACAACCAACCAUUCUGGAAAACAAUUCAGAACUGUGAUAGAAGAGUCACUAUACUCUGCAUAAUUUUUGACCCAAUAUAACUACUUUGCACAUAGCCCAAGGUCGUCAAAGGCAAAAGGGAAUGGUCCUGGAUGCACAAAUAAUAGUAUAGCUGCAAUUUUUGUGGUAGCAAAAAUAUUCAAAUAAAUCUGGGUGCCCACAAGUUGGGGAAUGGUUGAACAAAUGUUCAACUAAAUAUUAAUGGAAUGAAAUAUUAGAGUGCCAUAUGAAAUUGCAAGUAUGAAAAAUUCAGACAAACUUGGAGUGACUUUGUUGAAUUGAUACAGAAUGAAGUUAGCAGAAGGAAAAGAAGAUUUAAUGCUUAAUGAGUGUAGUAAUAUAAAGGAAAAUGACCCCAGCAGACACUGGAAGUCUGAUCAGUGCAAUGCAGAGUACUACUGCCUGUGAAACCCACCUCCCUCCAGGGAUGUUAUAGACCCUAUGUAUAAAAUGUGACUUGUGUUGUCAGAUAUGGCUGAUGUGUCAUUUUGUUUUGCUUAACUAUGCUUAUUUGUUUACAACGGAGGGGUAAAUUGAGAUGGAGGAAAGAAUUGUUGAGAAGUGACAGCAAUGUAAAAAAAUCAAUAAAGCAUCUAUUUCAAAGCAAAGCCA